AUGUUUCGAAAGACACUAUCCUCUGUCGCGAAAAAAUUCGACCGUAGUUACGAACCCAGAGAUAUGAGAAAUAAGGUCUACGCCUUCCUUGCCAGAACAACCGAUUGGCCACUUUUCCAUCGAAAACUUGCUCUCAAGGGGAGGGUAGUGGUGGACCUAAUUCGAGAUCUCGGGUCGGAUAACCCUCGAGGGCCGUCUGCAGCAGAUCUUCUUAAUAGUGCUAUACCUAAGGAGGAGGGACCGAGUACGGGUGACACCUUGGAUCGAAUUUUGGUUCAGGGAUAUGUCGUACCCCUAAAUUCUCACUUCGAGUCUUCACUCAAGGAACUACAAUUCCUACAGCAGUUCGACUAUGCACAAUACUUAACAAUCAAGAGAUUCGUAGGAGGGCUCAAGACGGCCGAGAAUAUCAACAGAUGGGCGAAACAGAGCAGACUGGAUUCAUUCUUGAAAGGCGCUUUUGCGACGGAAGAAAUCGGGACGGAGACAAGUCAUUCGCCGUCGCCACUCGAGGAACACGGUGCUGAAGAUACUAGAAGGGAGCGCCUAGUACAAUUUAGGGACAUCUAUAGUGACCUUAUCAAGCGUAUCGAAAUGUGUCCUAUCGCUCAGGUGACCGUGGAGGAUUAUGAAGAGCUGGAAGAUUCGAUUAUAAGGGCUGGUCAGAUGUCCAUAUACGAUUGUUGCCCGGCCUUGCCUGAAGGCGGCUAG